AUGUACACGUUGAUCCCUCGAUCUUCGCUUUUUAGCCUGGCACGUCGUCACGGCUCUCGUCUCUCCGUCCGCACCUUUGCUUCUUCCUCCCGUGUCCCCUGCGCUUCUCCCACCACCACCACUCGUCAACUCUCCACCACCCGACCAGCUAACAACAUGUUCCAGGUCAGCGAUCUCUUGCAGAAGAACCAGUCGUGGAGUGCCAACUUCGCGGCGACCAAGCCCGAGCUCGCCAAGCAGCUCGCACAGACACAGACGCCCAAGAUCCUCUGGAUCGGCUGUGCGGACUCGCGCGUUCCCGAAUCGGUCGUCUGCGACGCCAACCCAGGGGACAUCUUUGUCACGCGCAACAUUGCCAACCAGUUCCGUCUCGAUGACGACAACGCGCUCAGCGUGCUCACGUUUGCAGUUCAGGCGCUGGGCAUCGAGCACGUGGUCGUGGUCGGCCACACCUCGUGCGGAGGUGUCCUUGCCGCCAUUGCUGGCGCUAGCGCCCCACCUUCCAAGGAUGCGCUCGAGUCCAGCGCAUUGCUGCGUCACCUCGUGCCCCUCACCCAGGUCGCCAAGAAAGUCACCGAGGCCAACCCAGAGCUCCAGGGAGCCGAGCUUGCGGACAAGGUCAUUUACGAGUCGGUCAAGCUGCAGGUGGAGAACAUUGUGUCGACCAACAUUAUCCAGGACAACUGGAAGGGCGUCACCUCGCCGCUCAGCGGCAAGGUGAUGAACAAGGUCCAGGUGCACGGCCUUUGCUACGACAUCGCCAAGGCUCAGCUCAAGGACCUCGAUCUCACCAAAUCGGCUCCCUGA